AUGCUCAACACCUUCCCGAAUACAGUGCCGCCCGACUUCAACUGGUCUGAACCAGGCAUCAUGACGCUCCUCGCCGCGCACCUCGAGCAGAUCUCCGUGUCGUGUCAAGGCAUUGACAGUCUUCCCUUUCCUCCACCGAGAAUAUUCACCAACGCCCUGCUCUCCAACCACGACAUCACCUCCCUGAUCCGCGACACUGAGACUCAUGAACGCGCUCUGUUUUCUGUGCCCCCACCUCCACCUCCAGCCACAAAACCAGAGCCCCUGCCCGAGCAGAGCAAGACCUCCCGUCGGCAGACAGUAUUUAACGUCGCCGCGGGCGAGGUCACCACCGGCGCGCCUUCAACGAGAUCCGCGGGCAACCCGCGCCGCAGCACCGCAGUGGCAGCAGUACUGGGUGGCGACCUGCAUGCCAAGAUCACGCGGCGGGGACCAGCUUCGACUCGUGUCGAGGGGGCAGGGGCAGGGGGUGAUGUCGACAUCGAGGUCCUUCUCCAAGGCGCUGAGAAGUUGUGUAAUGUCUACCCGCUGCCGGGCGCGCUGGAGCGGGUGCCAGAGAUGAGACAGAAGUGGGCAAACCAGAGCAAUACGCUAGCCUAUUACGAAUCAAAAGUGGCGGAGCAGGCGCAGAGGUUGGUCAAGAUGAAUAAGAGGCCUGACGACUACGGGGAGGAGGUGGAUGAGGAUGUGGAUGAGGAGGACGAAGGUGCUGUGAAUAACGGCAUAAUGGAUAGUCUGAUGACUGAGGAAGAUCUCAGAAGGGAGGAGGAGGAGGUCAGGGAGCUGGACAAAAAGAAGAAGGAGCUUCAAGAGAGACUGCGAGCCAUGGAUAAGGACCUAGGCGGACUGCUCAAUAUGUGA